GCUGAGCCUAUGGGACGCCUGCGACGUCGCUGGAAAGUCGGCGCGUUGGAGCGGGAAGAAGAACGAAACGUAUCUGCACCAAAGAGAUUUAGUGCGCUUGCGUGAUGGAAGAGCGGCGGCCAGAGGGACAAGAAUUGCGCCUGCGCAGGAGCGAGCUUGGCAUUGGGGGUGGCAGGCCGCGGGGCCGGUGUUGCGGCUGCGGGUGGGGCCCGGAGUGGCGCUGCUGAGCUCUCUAGAGCUGGGCGGUGCCGACAAGGAGGAGCCUGGAGGCGGCGGCAGCGCUGGCGACUUCUCCCUGACGCAGCUGCGUUCGUGGGCGCUCCCCCUCCCCUCGGCUCCCCCCUAUCGUUCCUGGUUCUUUUAUUUAAUUAUUUAUAUUCUGUUCUUGCUGUGUGGGUCUGUGGGGGUUGAGCGUGUCCUGCUCCGAGGGGCGGGGGGGAGGGAAAGGGGUAGCCGGGGCCGAGCCCACAGGGGUGUGAUUCGCCGGGGAGCGCGGGCCGCCUUAGCCGUCGUCACCGCCGCCGUCACCGUCACGACUGCCGAGAAGCCCUUGUUCCCGCGGCCGGGAAGGAGAGUCGAGCUCCGACAAGAUGGCGGACGGGGAGCUGAACGUGGAUAGUCUCAUCACCCGGCUUCUGGAGGUACGAGGAUGUCGUCCUGGGAAGAUUGUGCAGAUGACUGAAGCAGAAGUUCGAGGCUUGUGCAUUAAAUCUCGGGAGAUCUUCCUUAGUCAGCCUAUACUUCUGGAGUUAGAAGCUCCCCUGAAAAUUUGUGGAGACAUUCAUGGUCAAUAUACAGACUUACUUCGAUUAUUUGAAUAUGGAGGAUUUCCACCAGAAGCCAAUUAUCUUUUCCUGGGAGAUUAUGUGGACAGAGGAAAGCAGUCUUUGGAAACCAUUUGUUUGCUAUUGGCAUAUAAAAUCAAAUAUCCUGAGAACUUCUUUCUCUUAAGAGGAAACCAUGAAUGUGCUAGCAUCAAUCGUAUUUAUGGAUUCUAUGAUGAAUGCAAACGAAGAUUUAAUAUUAAACUAUGGAAGACUUUCACAGAUUGUUUUAACUGUCUGCCUAUUGCAGCCAUUGUGGAUGAGAAGAUCUUCUGUUGUCAUGGAGGACUUUCACCAGAUCUGCAAUCAAUGGAGCAGAUUCGGAGAAUUAUGAGACCAACGGAUGUCCCUGAUACAGGUUUACUUUGUGAUUUGCUAUGGUCUGACCCAGAUAAGGAUGUACAAGGCUGGGGAGAAAAUGAUCGUGGUGUUUCUUUCACUUUUGGGGCCGAUGUGGUCAGUAAAUUUCUGAAUCGUCAUGACUUGGACUUGAUUUGUCGAGCUCAUCAGGUGGUUGAAGAUGGAUAUGAAUUUUUUGCCAAGCGACAGCUGGUAACCUUAUUUUCAGCCCCAAAUUAUUGUGGCGAGUUUGAUAAUGCUGGUGGAAUGAUGAGUGUGGAUGAAACUUUGAUGUGUUCAUUUCAGAUACUAAAACCAUCUGAAAAGAAAGCCAAGUAUCAGUAUGGUGGACUGAAUUCUGGACGUCCUGUCACUCCACCUCGAACAGCUAAUCCCCCGAAGAAGAGGUGAAGAAAGGAUCUGUGUAGAGAACCAAUUAGAUCUGUCAAGGACAAAACUCCAUAAUAUAUAAGUGUGCACUGUAAAACCAUCCAGCCAUUUGACACUCUUUAUGAUGUCACAUACAUUUAACUUAAAGAGACGGGUAAAGGAUCUUCAUUUUUUUUUCCUAGUAGAAAGAUGUGCAACACUGUAUUGUAAUAAGUAUACUCUCUUCUAAUAUCCAGCAAAGUUAAAUCCAGACUCAAAAAUACCCAUUAAGGUUCCAUAUGCACUUAUCAUGGUUUUUAAAGUUGAAAAGCAUCCCAGUUAAAACUAGAUGUGAUAGUUAAACCAGAUGAAAGCAUGAUGAUCCACUUGUGUAAUGUGGUUUUUAGUGUUGCUUGAUUGUUUAAUUACUUUGGGUUUGUUUGGGGGAGGGGGUGUUUUGUUUUGAAUUUUUUUAAGCUAGAAUAAUGGCAAAUGGUUUUCAUUUUCCCUAGAUUUUUUGGAAGUGAAAUGUGGGGAUGGGCUUUUAAAAACGCCACUGACUUAUUUUCCCUUGCUUAUUGAGCUAUUUACCUGUUUGACUUAGUAAAUAUGCAGCCCAUUAUACUUUUUAAAAAGGAUAAUUCAGUGAAGUAAAUAAGACAUGCAACCUUAAGUCUGAGCUGGCAAUUUAAGCAACUUGACUGGGCAAUAUGACCAGCUGACAGAAAACAUUUUGCUUUUUACUUAAAUUGCCUCUGAUUUGGGACUUGCACACUAUAUUUUAACUUAUUAAUGCUAUAUUGUGCAGUAGCAUUUCAUUUAACUUUAAGAUAAGGCUCAAUAGUAUUACCCAAUUAGUUAGUAAUGUGAUUAUGUGGUACCUUGGCUUUAGAUUUAAUUAGCACGAAACACCUUUUGGCAUGCUUAGCUUUCAGGUAACACCCUCACCUGCAUCAGAGAAUUUUUUUUUGUAGAUCCCCAGAAUGUGAGGAUCCUUUUUUGAUAAGCCUCAGAAAGCUGACACUUUCUUUUAAAAUUUUUUCAUAAAGAAGGGAUGUAUUUAAAAUGGAUGCUGAUCAGUGGGACACUGUCAACUAUAUGGAUAUUGGGUGCUUAACUGUCUAGUAUUGCCAUGUGGAUGUCGUAUGCAAUUGUAAGGCUUAUAUCACUAAAGAUUUUAUCCUCCUGGAUUUUCAUGAUCAAAGUUCAUACAAUAUUACUGUAUAGACUUAUGCUUUGUAGUAUACUAUAGUAGCAAUAAUUUCUGUACAUGAUCAAGAGUUUAUUGCUGUAUUUCUUUUACUGUUCUUUUUCCCCCCUCCCCUUUUUAAGGGUUAACAUUAGUAAAUGGCAAGGUGUAAAAAAAGUCACUUAAAGUUGUUAGAUGAAAAAUGGAAGACAGAUUUGUAGUUCUUUACUGAAUGUAAUUAUAAAAGUUUUUAUUGAACGUUGUCAAAUUUGUAAGCUUGGAGAAAGAUAACAGAUUUAUAAUGCCAUUCUGAAUGUGCUACAAUAGAUGUAAAGCUCUUUAAUAUCGUCUUUUAAAAUGUUAAAUUGAGGAUUCUAGUAACUUACAUUUGAAUUGGCACGUUAUAUAAUGCAAGAGAUAUUUGAUUUUUGACACAGUGAAAAAGUUCUUUAAAAUAGAUGUCUCUUUUCUAAUUCCAUUUUGUUUUAAAGGCAUAUUUCAAAUGUAGUUUUUUUUUUCCAUUUAGUAAAAGUUGUCUAAUUGAUUUGAA